AUUCGCGCCACAACAACCAAUAUGUCGACAAAAAUCCCCCUCCGAAUACCACGAUUAUCCGCGCACCCAAUGCGUCAUCAGUGCCUCUUCCAACGGCGCACCGUCCCCUCUACACCGCGAUGCAUUGCCGCAACGUCCGCGCGAGCCUUCUCCUCGACCCCUGCACGACCACGUAAGAAGGAGAACAGACUAGUAGACGGGAGAAUGCAAAUGGCAGCUGCAGAGGCGACGAUUCGCGGUCAACCAUCUCCCAACGUCCAGCAAGACAAGCGGGAUGCGCAAGAGAUGGCUGAAGAUAUUGGGUUACUGCAGAACACAAUCAUCCGCGCACCGUUUAGCCAGCUGCCCAAGCCUACGAGUUGGGAGUUCUACAGCUACUUCUGGUCGCUGCUCAAGGCGAAGUUCACGGCAUUGUACACAAGGAGCCAUUUUAAGAGAUGUGUGCACAAGAAGGGCAUUGCAUCUUACCUACCUGUGGACUUCAUGAGGCAGAAGGAAUUGAAGAACAAGGCGAAGAAGAUGUACAAGAGAUACUACGACUUGCUUGCUGCCGGCGACGCCAAAUCCCUGCGAAAGCUCUCCCUCCCACCCCUUGCCGCCGCCCUGCGCUCCCAAAUCUCCGCCCGUGGCCCCGUGAAGAUGUCCUGGCAACUCCACAAAUUCAAGUCCGCGCGCAUCGUCUCGCACCGCUGCUCCCCGCUGGGAAGCGACCACCCAGACACCUCCUACCGCCAAUGCAUCGUGCGCUUGGAGUCCGAACAGCAGCUGUCCAUGACACCCGUCUCGUCUCCCAGCGCCACGCACAAGACAUGCGCGCCGAAGUGGACGCCGAGCUACGCGCAGAGCAAGCAAGACGUUAUCAGCACCGCAGAACCAGAGCAGAAUGCGGAGGCCAAGGAUAAGGGGAAUGUGCAGACUGUUGUCGAAUAUUUGGUCAUGCAGACGAGGGUUAUGGACGGGAAGGAGGAGGAGUGGAAGGUGUGGGGUUUCGCGAGUGAGUCUACGCCUGCGAAGAUCGAGGAGGAUGAGCAGUACUGGAAGAAGAUGCUGGACAUCCAAACUGCGUCAGCAUGAAAUUGAGGCUGGUACUGGAAGAGUGAAGUUGCAGAAAGAAGAAACAUUGUAAGCAUAGUUGUGUACAUGCCAGGACAUAGGCAACUGUAUAAAUUCCUGUCACAGAGAAACCUUGAAAUGAAAAGGC